UUUCUGGGAUACAUAAAGGGGGAUGCUGGUUGUGUUAGAGUCUCCUGCAGGACUUACUGUAACGGAUCGGUGUACGAGUAUUGAGUAUUGAGCAGAGCAUUUCGAUGUCCGAUAUUGAGCAGAACUAUUACUCAGGGUUGAAGUGGACCUGUUCUCUACUGGGAAUCGUCCAGCUGUCCAGCCCCUAUAUGGAGGACACGGAGAAAGACGGUGACACGAUGAGCGAAACGUCGACUCGGGACAGUACGUCUAGUGUCUCGGACACGAUUGGGGCCGUUUCAACGCCAGACAACGUCAGCCUCUCUUCAUACGGCAGCAGCGGCCACAUGUCUAGCGACAUCAGCAACACCACCAGUCCUGCUGGGGAGACCGACACGACGUUACUUUCCGACAAUGAAGGAUUCGGCACUCUCCGGAACAUGUCACACACCGAUGUGAGCCCGAACGUCCAGGACGUGAAGAAACUGCUGACCUGUUCUGCUUGUAAUGACACCUUUGAUGAACCGAAGCUGUUGGUUUGUCUUCAUACCUUCUGUGAAAAGUGUAUCCAGACCUACAGAGAAGUCGACACAGACUACGUCAUCUGUGGCUACUGUCGCACAUGCCAACCAAAACCUCGAGACGGGUCGAAAGGUUUGACGCCAAGCUACACUCACGAGGACCUGCUUGAGAUCAUGAAACGAUCGGAGAGCCAACCGCCUAUGUGCCAAGCGUGCGAGAAGAAUGACGACCCACAGUUCCUCUGCACGACUUGCAACGUGGUAAUCUGCAAGCCCUGUCAAGUAGCACAUGCAAAUUUAAAAAUCACUAAGAAGCAUACCGUGUUGCCGCUAAGCCUGGCCAAUGAAACACCAUUGUCCAUCUAUGCCGGAAAGAGACAGGUGAUUUGUAAAGAACAUGAUGAGGCCAUAGCGUACCGCUGCGUUCCCUGUGGUCUGUUUCUGUGUCAUACCGAUUUAACGAAGUAUCACCCAGAUCACGAGAUCGAAACAGUGGCAGAAGUGAGGCACAGAAUGAAAAGGAACGCUGCUGAAUUGGAGCGGAAGGUGAAACAGAGUAUAUUGUCUUCCAAGUCGGCGGAAACCUUAGCGCGAUGUCGAAAAGAAAGAUUGAACGAGAAAUUCGAAGCGAUGGAGUACAGAAUUGACACAGUUGUCAACGAAACCGAACGAUGUAUGCGUCAAGCGGCAACGUCGAUGAAGGCGCAGUUGAGACAACAAAAAGGACGGGAAGAGGAGAAGAUUCAGGAAGUGAUGGGGGAGACUGAGGAAAGACUCCAGUCUUCUCAACAUCUCCGUCGAAUGCUGCUGUCGGUAACCAAGGAGUCCAAUGAUCUUGACGCCCUCACCUUCCUGUCGUACUGUGAACAGAGUUAUGAAGACUUCCGGCAGAGAGGCACCGGACAAAAGACUUUUGACUCCGAUAUAGUUUUCUUGACAUCAUCACGGCUUAGUCAAAUACUCACCUCCUCAAAUAUCGGCGAGGUUCGAGAGAUAGGGAACUAUCCAGCCUUUAAGACGCCACAGGUUUUCAGCACCUUCGAUGUUCUGGAAAAUGUGUCGGGGAUGGCAGCGAAUGUGUACGGAGAGGUGGUGUGCACGUCCUAUCACGAAGGAAAAUGUGUGAUGUACGACAAGACCGGAAAGCCUAUCCGUGACCUCAGCGCACAGGUGGUUAGACCUUGGGACGUCGCGUUCACAGACGACAACACAUUCGUCAUCACCGACUGUGGCGACAACAUCGGCCACGGUUCGGUCAAGUUGUUCAGUCCGGCAGGAACUCUGAUAAAGGUGAUCGCAGCUAACGUCAAAUCGCCAGCAGGGGUGACCAUUGACCGUUCUGGCCGCUUGUACGUGUGUGAUGAACACGAGACAUGUGUCAAGAUCCUGUCCAUGGAAGGCAACAUCAUUGGUCAACUAAAGUCUUGGAACGACAACUACCUCUUCCAAGGCCCCAUCUUCGUCGCCACCAACGUCAACAACGACGUGAUUGUAUGCGAUGACCAUCGGACCAUCAAGAUCCUGUCGUCCGUUGGUGAAGUGAAGGAGGACUAUGAAGUGGAUGGUCGACACGAUCUGCAGGCGAUAUGCACGGACGACAGUGGUCAAAUUCUUGUAGUGGACAAUAUGAUGAACGGACUUCAUGUUUUGACUGCUGGGGGCCGGUUGAGAAGGUUUGUCUCCUUCGCGGACAUCCCGGGACUGGAAAACGCCCGCUGUGUGUGCAUAGAUCCCUCGGGGCGUGUCGUCAUUGGGGGAAGAUCGAAACUAGUUGUGCUGGAUAUAUUUGAAGCAUGCUAACGGUACCAGUGGUGAAACAUGAUAAUGUCUCUGCUGUCAAAGUGACUACUGAACUUUCAGGAAGCGUACGGGAAUGGUUACUUGAAAUAUCAACAAACUCGUCCAACACGACCCUCCACAAAGCGUACCUACAAAGCCCUACCACUGUCGUUAGUCUAUGUACGGGAGUUCAAAUGACCUUCAGUCGAAAGAAUGUAAAAUCUUAUUAAAUAUUGAGUGUCAUUUGACCAGUUCUGUAUGCAACCACCAAAUAACACUCUAGAUUUAUUUCAAUCUAAAUGACAGUGACUGUGGAGACUUUUGCGCUCUUGACUAUUGACGUCAUAUCAUUUGACGUGGUAAACCAUGCAUACUUUUACAGUGGACUUGACAGCAUAUGACGAGGUUCCUUUGAUUCACAAGGAGCCGACGUGAUUCUGAUGGGGAGAUGCCCUGAAUAAGAAGCAGCUUUACAUGUAAUAUUUGUGACUGAUCAUUACCCAGUGUGUAUUUAAGAGUUUUCUUUUGCUGAAAAUGACGUGACAGAUCUGCCUGACAAUAAUUACACGUGCAUUACCCUGUGAUCCGACAGCACCUUCCUCCUACAGGCGCGCGGACUUUGGGCAGAAGGAGUCUAAAUGCAAACCUCUUCCCUGUGAAGUAAUGUUCUAAGUAUUGGCUGCAACCGUCACAAGUCCGAGUUGAACAUGAAAUAUGACCUCUUACAGCUGGUGUCAGUAAAGGUCACAAGAUUGGUGAUAACGAUAGUAUAUCAAAUCAAAGACGUGUUUCAUUUAUGAUUGACUUGUGGAGUACAUAUCACGGAAAGAAUAACUAGGGACUGGUAAUUUAUGACAGAGGAGGGGAAGGUGAGAUUGGCCUAAGGACUGUAGCAUAAUUUGCUGCUCCCCCCCCCCCCCCUCCCCCCCAUUUUAUGUUACAUGUGUACAUGCUCCCCACCCCACCCCCACAUGUAGCACUUUUCAAUAGCUCCCACUCCAUAAAAUAAAACGAGCAGUUCCCAAUAAAUGUACAAAUUCAGCCCCCCCCCCCCCCCCCCCCCCUUACCUGUAUAGUUGUGAUCAAUACUGGCCCCCUUCUUUCGCUAUCACACUUUCCUCCCCUAAUAUAUGACCAUUCCCUUAUGAAAGUUGAUUACUUUGACCGAUUUGUAAUGUGUAAAGGUUUUGCUUACAUCGCAUGUUUACAUGUUACUCCGAAUAUGUUUCACUUUCAAGUCAUGUCAGCUGUUUCAUGAAACCUGAUCUUUUGUUGAAAAAAUCUUGUAAAGUA